CCUUUUUCAGUAUAAAACUUUCUGCUCGAGACUUUCUCCUUUCUGCAGACUUAACACAUCUUUUUUUACCGCCGGCGGCGACCGGAAGUUGCAGACGACGGUGACGGAAGUGGAAGGACGUGUAAACGAGAGGUUGAAGAUGAAGAUUUUUGUGAAGACUUUGAAAGGCACUCACUUUGAGAUCGAAGUGAAACCCGAAGACACGGUUGCUGAUGUGAAGAAAAACAUAGAAACAGCUCAAGGUCAAGCUGUCUACCCGGCUGCACAACAGAUGCUUAUCCACCAGGGUAAAGUUCUCAAGGACACUGCAACGUUGGAGGAAAACAAAGUCGCUGAGAAUAGUUUUGUUGUUAUAAUGCUUGCUAAGAAUAAGGUUUCAACAAGUGCAACCUCAGCUGCGCAACCAGCACCUUCAAAUACGGCCCAACCUGCAACCUCCACUGGCCAACCUACACAGACUGUAACAGCACCUCAAGCAACUGCUGCAAGCCUGGCGCCUGCACAAUCUGCUCCUCAGUCUGCUCCUACUCCUGCCGCUGCGCCAGUUUCCUCUAAUCCUGUGACAGAUGUGUAUGGCCAAGCGGCAUCGAAUCUUGUUGCCGGAAGUACCUUAGAAGCUACAGUUCAACAGAUUCUUGAUAUGGGUGGUGGAAGUUGGGAUCGGGAUACGGUUAUUCGUGCUCUACGUGCUGCAUUUAACAAUCCAGAGAGAGCUAUUGAAUACUUGUAUUCUGGUAUUCCUGAGCAAGCAGAAAUUCCACCUGCUGCUCCUGCUCCUGCUCUUGCUCCUGCCAGCGGACAGGCAGUAAAUCCUCCGGUUCAGGCUUCACAGCCGGCAGUUCCGUCCGGUGGCCCAAACGCUAAUCCUUUAGAUCUCUUUCCUCAGGGCCUUCCAAAUGUCGGUUCCAAUGCUGGAGCUGGAAAUUUAGAUUUCUUAAGCAAUAGUCCACAGUUUCAAGCCCUUCGAGCAAUGGUGCAAGCAAACCCGCAGAUAUUGCAGCCUAUGCUCCAGGAGUUGGGUAAGCAAAAUCCUCAAUUGAUGCGGCUUAUUCAAGAACACCAAGCUGACUUUCUGCGCCUCAUCAAUGAACCUGUUGAGAGCGAGGGGAAUGUGCCCGGGCAGCCGGCAGGGGCUAUACCACAAGCUGUGACUGUCACACCUGAAGAGCGUGAGGCUAUCGAACGACUUGAAGCUAUGGGUUUCGAUCGAGCUUUGGUAUUGCAAGUAUUUUUUGCAUGCAACAAAAAUGAGGAGCUGGCUGCAAACUAUCUCUUGGAUCAUAUGCAUGAGUUUGACGAAUGACAUGGAUGAAACAGAGUGCACUUUAACUUCUUACAGUUUCCGUUAUACUUUUGUUUUUGUUCUCUUUCUUCUCAAUCCGUGUGAAUCUUUCUAUCGUUCCAUGUGGAGUAAUUCAAUCCCCCGUCAUUCACAGUGGAUAGCCUUGGAUCUAAAACUAUUUCUAUAAUGGAUAUGUUAUACAAGUAAAAGUACCAGCAAGCUUUCUUGUUGUUGCUCAAGUGCGAUGAAGUUGUAACCUUUUCUGUACUUCGGAGGAAAGUUAUGGCCAUCCAUUUGCCAAAGAAUAAUGUGAUUUUCUUUCCCUGCGAAGUCUGCUAUAUACCGAAUCAAUAUAUUUGCCAUUAUUAUCGUUG